AUGGACAGGUCCAACUGGACUUCCCCAGUAAUGGGCUUCAUUCUCCUGGGUCUCUCAGCCCACCCAAAACUAGAGAAGACAUUCUUUGUGCUUAUUUUGGUGAUGUACCUGGUGAUAUUGUUAGGCAAUGGGGUUCUCAUCUUGGUAACCAUCUUUGACUCCCGCCUGCAUACACCUAUGUAUUUUUUCCUGGGGAAUCUCUCCUUCCUGGACAUCUGCUACACCAGCUCCUCAGUUCCCCUCAUUCUGGACAGUUUCCUGACCCCCAGGAAGACUGUCCCCUUCUCAGCCUGUGCCGUGCAGAUGUUCCUCUCCUUUGCCAUGGGAGCCACAGAGUGUGUGCUUCUGGGCAUGAUGGCAUUUGACCGCUAUGUAGCCAUCUGCAACCCUCUCAGGUAUCCUGUGGUCAUGAGCAAGACUGUCUAUGUGCCCAUGGCUGCCGGUUCCUGGGCAGCAGGUAUCAUCAAUUCCACAGUUCAGACUUCUCUAGCAAUGAGACUGCCCUUCUGUGGGGACAACAUCAUCAACCACUUUACCUGUGAGAUCCUGGCAGUCUUGAAGUUGGCUUGUGCUGACAUCUCCAUCAAUGUCAUCAGCAUGGUGGUGGCCAAUAUGAUUUUCCUUGUGGUCCCAGUCCUGUUCAUCUUUGUAUCUUAUUUGUUCAUCAUCACCACCAUCCUGAGGAUCCCCUCAGCAGAGGGACGGAGAAAGGCCUUUUCCACCUGCUCUGCCCACCUCACUGUCGUGGUGGUCUUCUAUGGAACCAUCCUCUUCAUGUAUGGGAAGCCCAAGUCCAAGGACCCCUUGGGAGCAGACAAACAGGAUCUUUCAGACAAGCUAAUCUCCCUCUUCUAUGGAGUGGUGACCCCCAUGCUAAAUCCCAUUAUCUAUAGCCUGAGGAACAAAGAUGUCAAGGCUGCAGUUAAGAACCUGGUGAGUCACAAGCACCUGACUGAGUGA